UGAAGACAUCCAAGACCACAAUUAUGGAUAUAAUAAUAGGUAUAACAACUUCACCUGUUCCUCACUCUCCCCAUUAUAAUGUGCUGAUCUAGGUUUUUUUCUUCUUCUUCUUUUUCUUUCCUACUUUCUUUUUCAUAUAAAAUGUUAGAUUUUUUUUUUUUUUUUUCUUUUGUCUCUCUCUCUCUCUCUCUCUCUCUUUUGCUUUCUGGGUAACGUUAGCUUUGUUAGCUUUAGAUUUUAGAUUUCCGUUUAUUUUAUAAUAGUUUUAUACAACAUUUUUUUCUUGGUUUUUGGAAGAUCAUCUUAAAGCUUCAUGAACAAAAACAGAAACAUUACAAUCUUGGGACAAGUCUCUCUCAUCUUUGUUAAUUAUACGAGUGAUUAGGGUAACUACAUUUGAGAAUGAACAUGUGGGGCAAUACAAACAUCCAUAAAAGGAGUGGGAAAUAUGUCUAAUUUCACUUAAGGAAUCAAGGUAGUUUUUUGGCGGUGGAUACUGAUCAGAGCUAUUUUGAUGUUGACUGAGCUCUCAACGGAAGAUUGCCAAAGAGAGAGUAAAAGGGUGGCUUAUGUUUUUCUCUAAAACAAUGGCACCGUUGAAUCACAUUAAAGAUCUUGAAGGUGGUGGAGGUUGUGGCAGGGUUUAGCUUGCAAAUACAGACUGAUUUGAAAUUGCCUUAGCACACUAAGGAUCAGGUCCAAUAAACAUGGCAAGCUCUUCACAGCAAUCUGGGAUGAAUGUUGACCACAAUCGCGAACCUGGUCCACUGAUGAAAUUACUGCUUCAACGUCCAAGAGGAAACAAUGACACAAGUUUGAAGACAGAAGAAAACAAAGUACCAGAGAAAGAUCUCAACUGGUACCUGCCAUUACACAAAGCUGCACUCAGAGGCGAUUGGGAGGAUGCCAGAAGAUUCUUUGACCAAGAUCCUGAUGCAGUCACGGCCAAGAUCACUAGAACCUCAGAAACAGUACUCCACAUUGCAGUUGGAACAACAAAGGCAAUUCAUUUUGUGGAGAAGCUGUUGGAGUUGAUACCAAGAGAGGCAGUGACAAGUCUGAGAAAUGAAAUGGGUGAUACGGCCCUUCACUAUGCUGCAACAUUGGGCAAUGUUGAGGCGGCCAAGUUAUUAGUGGCCCAUAAUCCAGACUUGACCAAUACUUGGAAUGGUUCAUUAUUGCCUCUCCAUGUGGCUGCUGGAUAUGCCCACAGGGAGAUGGUUUCAUAUUUAUUAACUGUCACUAGAGAUGACAUGGAGCCCAAUCUGUUUGCAGAUGAAUCUGGUGCAAAGCUUCUGAAUCUCGUAAUAGUUGCCGAAUUUUAUGACGUGGCUCUGCAUCUGGUUCGCCUUUACCCCAGGUUGGCUACAUUGAGGUCAUCUGCUGGUAACACUGCCUUGAGUAUGCUUGCUGGAAAGCCUUCUGCAUUCCCUAGUGGAAGUCGCCUAAAUUUUUGGCAACGGGUCAUUUAUUCCUGUGUUCCUGUGAAGUUUGAGAACACCAGAUGCCCCAAGGGAGGAGGAGACAUGGAGAAUCCUCCUAUUAGCUCUCACAUUUGUGUGCAUAUAUGCAGCUGGGUUGGACUUUUUGGGGGACACAAUCUGUCUGUAUGCCAAAAAUUGCAUGAAGUACUUUGGGAAGCCAUUGAAAGAUUAGUGCCACAUGUGAAGCAUAUCAGGAACAUCAAAUUGAUGCAUCAGCAAAAUCUUCAACUUGUUAAAUGCUUGUGCAUGGAAGUUACAGGGUUGGACUAUUCAACAGCUGCAUUGAUAUUUAGAUCACCAGUUCUUUCUGGAGCAAGGUUAGGGAUUAGUGAGAUUGUAGAAGAGAUUUUGGAGUCAUUUCCACCUGCAAUUUGGUCUCGGGAUGGAGAGGGCCAUAAUAUAUUCCUAUUGGCAGUUAUACAUCGUCAAGAAAACAUUUACAACCUCUUACACCAAAUGAAUGAGCACAAACAGUUGGCAACACAGUUACGAGACCAUAAAGAGAACACAAUCUUGCAUUUGGCUGGAAAGCUAGCACCUCCUUAUCAACUCAAUUUUGUCUCCGGUGCAGCUCUGCAGAUGCAGCGUGAAUUACAGUGGUAUAAGGAAGUGGAAAAAUAUGUGCAGCCUGACUACAAAGAUAGAGAAAACUCAGUUGGAAGAACACCUGCACUGGAAUUCUCUGAGGAACACAAGGACUUGGUUAAAGAAGGAGAGAAAUGGAUGAAAGACGCAGCAAAUUCAUGCACAAUUGCAGCAACACUCAUUGCGACAAUAGCUUUUGCUGCAUCCAUUACUGUACCAGGAGGCAACGAUGGUGACAAGGGCUUCCCAAUAUUCUCCAAAGAAAAAGCGUUUUCCAUCUUUGCUGUUUCGGAUGCAUUCUCUCUGUUCUCAUCCACUGCAUCCCUAUUAAUGUUCUUGUCCAUCCUCACUGCACGCUAUGCAGAAGCUGAUUUUCUCUAUUCCCUGCCAAAGAGGUUAAUGAUCGGUCUUGUCACCCUAUUCCUCUCCAUAACAUCCAUGAUGAUAGCAUUCAGUGCCACAAUCUAUCUUGUGUUUGGUGAUAAAAAGUCAUGGACUCUCAUUCCAGUGGCUGCAUUUGCCUGUCUACCAGUGACCUUGUUUGUAUCAUUGCAAUUCCCCCUCCUAGUGGAUAUGGUAUGUUCUACAUAUUGCCCUGGCAUUUUUGGUAAGCGGAGUGAGCGUCUCCUCUACUAGACCAGCAGGCAAGGUGAAGGUGGUCUGAUUACUGUUUGUCUCUUAUCAAAUUUAGUGUGAAUGAAUAUUUGUAAGAUGGAAGGCAUAUUUUUAUUCUUCAUGUAUUCCUGUUCUAAAUUCCCGAUGACCUAGCAAAGGAUGUAGAAACAUAUAUACAAUAACAAUUAUAUAAUCUUUGUUUAUUAGAGGAACAAAUUCUUGUGCUUGCAUUUCCACCUUGAUCAUAAUAGAAGGAUUUUUCAUCC